AUGACUAGUGAAACUGGCUUACCAGCGCCAUGGACUGUGCGUUUCAGCAAAACACGUAAAAGAGAGUACUAUUUCAACCCAGAGACUAAGCAGUCCCAGUGGGAGCUUCCAGAGGGUACUGACAGCAAAAAGCUAGAGGAAUACCUAGAGAAUAAUCCUGUGAAGGUCAGAUGUCUACACUUGUUGAUCAAGCAUAAAGGAUCACGUAGACCGGCUUCUCAUCGCAAUAGCCAAAUUAGCAUAACAAAGGAGGAGGCAAUUGAAGAGCUAAAGAAGUAUGCUUUGAAGUAUACUGAAGGGGCUAGGUUUGAGGAUCUGGCUGUAGAGAGGAGCGAUUGUUCGUCGUAUAAGAAGGGAGGAGACUUGGGAUUCUUUGGUAGGGGGGAAAUGCAAGCUGAGUUUGAAAAAGUAGCCUUCUCCUUGAAAGUAGGAGAAGUAAGUGGAAUUGCGGACUCCGAUAGCGGAGUGCAUUUGAUCAAACGUGUGGCUUAA